AUGUUUGUGACAUCAAGUAUGGAUAAAACUGUUGCGUUGUGGGAUACCAAUGUGAUGCGGCCAUUAGAUCAGUAUCCUUUCAAAGAGACUGUUACACAGAUUCACUGGAAUACUGUCCCUUCUAAUAGACCUUUAAUCGCUGUUGCCAAUUUGACUUCAAAUAUCGAGCUAAUUGACCCGAGAGCUGGUGAAGCUAUCCGUAAUUUGAGGUGGAAGAUAGAGUCUGUUAGUGCUGUCCAGUGGUCGGUGGAAUUGGAUUACAUUCUGCUCACUGGAGGAAGAAAUGGAAAUAUUUCAGUUUGGGAUAUUCGGAGUGGGAGAAGCCAUCUGAAACUGUUACAAGAUAAGUGUCGCUCUGCUCACGGAGCCGCUGUUGGUGGAUUGAAGUUUAGCAGUGAUGGUUUAUUUGUAGUGUCUAUGAGCAUUGAUAGGGUGAUUCGAAUAUGGGAUGCUCAUAACAUGGAGCUAUUAGAGACAAUCAGGGUUGCGAUUUUAUUAAAAAAAGGUUUAAUCCCCACUCCUUCGUCUAACCCCUCUAUCAGUUUCGAUAUAUUUUCCGUAGGAAAUGCUUUAUAUCUGGCUAUACCUUUUGAUGACGAUGUUUUGAUUGUGGAAUUGAAUACGAAUUUUAGCAAAGAGGAUCGUAUGAGUAGUAAUAGCUACAAGUGUUCUCGAUUCUUUUUGAAAGGUCAUUUUCAAUAUGUGAAUGCUUCUGUUUUUCGGCAGGACGUCUGCCAGGUGGUCAGUUCUGCCAAUGACAAGACUCUUCUUUUAUGGACCUCUGCUUUCGACGAAGUAUUAACUGAUGAGACGACUGCCACGUUGCAGAAACUCCAAGAGGAUCGGUGGAGUGAUGAUGAUUAG